UACCUGCCACCCCACAAGGAGGAUUAUAGCUAAAACAUAUUAAAAAAGACAAACUUUCAGCGUGUUUUAUCUUAUCAUUUGGUGUCUCAAAGGGAUUGCACCAAGGAAGAUUAAGGUAAUAGGUUUACCUCUACUGUCUGCCCCUCCUGUGGAGAUUCUCGGCUCUAAUGCUUCACAUGGGUUUCUGUUAAAGGAAUUAUGGCCACCUUGUAUACAGUAUUAGCUAUAGCUUGGCUAUUCUAUAAAGUAACUCCUGCCUCGACAUCUUGUUUACCCGGCUGCUCUUGCACAAAUGAUAACUUGGGAAGAUCCUUACUUUGUAUGGAAACAGCCAUGGGACGAAUCCCAGACAACGUCCCAAAUUAUUUCAGUAAAAUUCGAAUAGAAAAUUCCCACCUGACCGAAUUACCGAGCGGCUCCUUCUCUAAAGUCACUGCCUUGGCGUCUCUAUGGUUGAAUUUCAACGACAUCACCCUAAUGAACAUCAAGAGUCUGGAGGGGCUGACGAAUCUAACGGAACUGCGGCUCCAGGGAAACAAGCUGCGUUCAGUCCCAUGGACAGCGUUCCAGGACACGCCGAACCUGAACAUUUUGGACCUGAAACUCAAUCGACUAGACGUGCUCCCGGAAUCCGCCCUGAGACAACUACCGGGCCUGACCUAUUUAGACUUAUCCUUCAAUCAGCUUACUGUCAUAUCCAGGGAUGUCUUCCUCAACUGGCCUCUCCUCAACACUGAGGAGAGAAAAGGACGUAAAGAGGCCAGCAGUGGAGAGGCCAACGUUGUUUUAGCGCUGCACGACAACCCUUGGCUGUGUGACUGUCGCCUCAAAGGUUUCGUUGAGUUUAUCAAAACCAUUAGUCCACCUCUAAUUCUGAUGAACUCGUACCUGACGUGCACGGGCCCCAGUUCCAGGGCGGGGAAGUUCUUCCACGAAGUCGGUUUGAAAACAUGCAUGAAGCCCGAGGCCUCAGCCACAGAAACCAACAUGACUGUGUCACUGGGGGACAAGGUAACCCUCCAGUGCUUAGUCCAAGCCAGGCCUGACCCCGCCAUCCACUGGUCAUACAACCUGAAGAUUAUAAAGGGAUUUACUGUGGCAGAGACCCGUGUGGACGAUGAGACCAUCAGAUCUCAGCUGGUCAUCCCAUCCAUGCACCUGGAAGACCGAGGCGUCUACACCUGCUUCGCCAACAACUUUAUCGGCAACUUCUCCGUCAGUUUCCUGAUCAACAUCAAGUCUUUCAACGCCUCCUCCUCCUCCUCGGGCGGUGCAGCCAUGUCUCGUCCCCCGUUCCCCCUGGCCUCGGCCGACGAGAACGUCUACAUUGACAUCCGCAUCUCCAAGCAGACGGUCUACGGCAUCACUCUGGAGUGGUACGCUGCGACAGACAACCCUACAGAGACCUGGUUCACCAUCCACUUGGGGAAAUACCACUCUGACAAAAAGGAGUUGACAUACAUCGGGCCGGGCAUCAACACCUAUGAGGUCAACGACCUCCUACCGGUUAGUAAAUACGAGGUGUGUGUGACACUGAAGAACCAGACACCCCGCGCCGGUCAGUGCAUCGUGUUCUUAACAGGAAGUGACAUCAGCCAGCUGGAACAACGGGAGAAGUUCAUCCAUAUUAUUGUGAUCAUGUGUGCCAUGGUGCUGGCGGUGCCCGUAGGGAUGUACGCCUGCACCACCGACACGAGAUGUAAGUUCAGCUACCUGGACCGCUGUACGGAGCAGUGUAAGAGGAGGAGGAGGCAGGAGAAGACACUGAGGACCAAUGGGGAGAGACAGGGGACCUUCGACAGCCUCCAGGCCGCCAGCGAUGAAGGACUCUGUCGUGACUCUGAAGAGUUGAUGAUGAAGAGGAGGUCCUCCCAGGAUAAAAACAACCACAAGGGCAGAGUACAAGAUCCACAAGAGACAAACAUUGGAGCAAAGCUUUAUUAGCUCUAGGUUUAACGGUAAAAAAUGAAAUGUACUAAGAUACCUAUUGGUAGAAAUGAAGAGCAGUGUUCUGUGAAGUGAAGCUUCAGGAAACACAUUUUUUUUAACCUUUAUUUAACUAGGCAAGUCAGUUAAGAACAAAUUCUUAUUUUCAAUGACAGUCUAGGAACAGUGGGUUAACAGCCUGUUCAGGGGCAGAAUGACAGAUUUUUACCUUGUCAGCUCGGGGGUUUGAACUUGCAACCUUCCGGUUACUAGUCCAACGCUCUUAACCACUAGGCUACCCUGCCGCCCCAAUCUGUAAAGCUACAAGUUAUGAAGACUGAAAUGCCUUUCUUCCAUGACUGUAGGGAAGUAUUUUAUUGUUUUUAUCAAAAUACCCUGUCUCUAAGUAAUCAAAUGUUCUUGUUUUUUCAACUUUAUAUGCUGUAUUUUUGGGAUAUGGUGUUUUUCUUAGCUUCAUUGUUCUUCUCUGUUUUAAAAGAAAUAACCAAUCUGGCAAGAAAUCACUAAUGUUGCUUCUAUACAUGUAAUAUCGUUGAAACAUUUCCUUGUCUUCAGAAUGUCAUGAACUGUAUUCUGCUCAUUGAAAAUAAUUAUUUCAGAGCCACACCAGGUUCAGUCAAAUAUACAAUAACCAUGCCUUUGCACUACGAUCUUUGUAAUGAAUGAGGCUUCUUUGCUAUUGUU